CGACCCUACAAUCGCCACCAAGAUUGUGAUAAUAGUCUGAAUCCGUCAAGAAUGUCUGGCAUCGCUUUCAGAGGAGGCAACCAGGGCGAGCAUCCUCCGAUGCAAGGCCACAAGCCAACCACAACCAAGGCACGUCGCUUUUCAACCGCCCAAGGACCAAGUAAUGAUGAGAUCAAUUCCGCUAUUCACUUGCAAUUUCGUCAAGCUCAUGAAGGUCACAAGCCCCAUGCCGGGCUCGACCCAUCACGAGCCUCGACUGGUGUGAUCUGGUGCACAGAGCGAGCGUAUGAGCAUGGUUUUGCAGACGAUCCGUCCUCAUGGGCCAAUCUGGGACAGGGGGCUCCCGAAGUCGAUGACGAGAUUGAGGGUUGUUUCAAAAGGCCACAGACUAUUGAUAUUAGCAUGACUGGACGAGAAUAUGGUCCGACUGCCGGUAUCAAGCCUUUGCGCGAGGCCGUGGCCAAGUUGUACAAUGAGCAUCACCGCAAAGGAAAGGAGAGCCAGUAUACCUGGGAGAAUGUCUGCAUCGUUCCAGGCGGACGUGCUGGCCUUAUUCGCAUUGCUGCAAUUCUUGGCAAUGCCUACCUGGGCUUCUUCAUCCCGGAUUACACUGCCUACAACGAGAUGUUGUCGCUUUUCAAAAACUUCACUCCCCUGCCAAUCCCACUGAACAAGAACGACAAUUAUCAAAUCCACGCGGAGAAGAUCGAGGAUGAGAUUUCGCGUGGCACGUCGGUCAUUCUCACCUCCAACCCCCGCAAUCCUACGGGCAAGAUGAUUGCCAAGGGUGAACUGGCAGAGAUUCAAGACCUCUGCCGCGAUCGUGCGACGUUGAUUAUGGACGAGUUCUACAGUGGAUACAAUUACACCUCAGACUGCGAUGGCUCUGUGGUCAGCGCAGCUGAGAAUGUCGAAGACGUCGACGACGAUGGCGUGUUAAUCAUCGACGGUCUCACCAAGCGUUUCCGUCUCCCAGGAUGGCGCGUGGCUUGGAUUCUCGGCCCGAAGGAAUUCUGCAAAGCGCUUGGAUCGUGCGGUUCCUAUCUCGACGGCGGCACCAAUGUUCCCUUUCAAGAAGCCGCAGUACCAAUGCUCGAGCCCGACAACGUCCGCGCCGAGAUGAAGGCACUCCAGUUGCACUUUCGUAUGAAGCGUGACUACGUGGUGGAUCGCCUCCAGAAGAUGGGAUUCAAGCUGUCAUAUACCCCCGACAGCACGUUCUAUCUCUGGCUGAAUCUCGAGCAUCUCCCGCACUCCAUCAACGAUGGUUUGAACUUCUUCCAAGCCUGUCUCAGGGAAAAGGUCAUCGUAGUUCCAGGAAUCUUCUUCGACCUCAACCCGGCGAGGAGACGUGAUCUGUUCGACAGCCCAUGUCAUCACUACGUCCGGAUUUCGUAUGGACCCGUGCUGUCCACUCUGGUCAAGGGUAUGGAUGGUAUUGAGAGGGUGUUGCAGAAGCAUGGCGCCUACUCUGAUGAUGAGUCGGAAUAAUCGAUUGCACAUACAUGUAGAUGAGAUGAUGAGAUGAAGAUUGACAUAGACGCCUGAAAGGACGCGACGUUUUCAUCGGAUCGGUCAUUCUGUUGGCAUAGCAGCGCGGUCGCGAGUCACGGGAACACGUGAAUCUGGCGUUCCUUCCUCAAGUGAAGCAAGCGCUGCAGGCAGACGCGCCUCGAGGGGUCAAGCCCGUAGCAAUUUCAACUGCCCACCACCAAAUCCACUUUCUGGCUUUUUCUUCCACUUCUUCUUCGUCGUCGUCUUCUUCUUCUUCCUUGUCUUCGAACUCGCACUCAUCACAACGACAACCACGCUCACACAUCCGCAACCAACG